AAUUUGGGAAUUUGGGGAUGGACCGUGAAUGCUCUUGAAGAACAAUAUCCAACCCCAAUUUAACCCAAACCAUACAAUAAACCCCUCCAUUUUAUCCGGCGAUCUCCACACGGUUAUGACUUGAUGAAUACCCCCCAUGCACUCUCCUCAUCUUUCUCCCCAAAUUCCAACCCUUUGAUUUUCACUUGUAAACUUUUCUUGCAAAAUCAACCAUUUUUUUCCAUACCCAUUUGCAGGUUUGGCUAUGGCGGCCGUCUCACUUCCAACUUUCUUCAUUUCCCGUCUUUCCCCUUGUACAGAAAUCUGAAUGGAAGAAAAGGCGGAAAUUACUAUAAAACCCUUGUCAGAGCUAGCAGUAACAGAGAGUCUCCUUAUCAAGUUUUGGGAGUUUCUCCUUCUGCUACUCCUGCUGAGAUCAAAAGGGCUUAUAGGAAACUUGCUUUGAAGUAUCAUCCUGAUGUCAAUAAAGAGGCUGAUGCUCAAGAGAAAUUUCUGAGGAUAAAACACGCAUACAACACAGUGCUCAACUCUGAUUCAAGGAAGAAAUACGACUCUGGAAAUCGCGCAUCUCAAACAUACAACUACAAGCCUUCUGCUGAAGCCGAUGAGUUUUACGGUUUUGGUAAUUUUUUGAGGGAUGUCCAAAUAUCAUUAGGGGACUUUUUCAAAGAUCUGCAAGAAGAAUAUAGAAACUGGGAGGCAAGUGCUCCUUCACAAGCAAAACCAAAGAGCUUAUGGGAGGAAUUAGCUGAAAUCGGGGAAGAGUUCGUCGAGUUUCUUGAAAAGGAGCUGAAUAUAACGGGUACGGAAGAUGAAACAAAGAGUAGGUAUGAAGAACCUGCGGCUUCAGGUAAGGGUAGAAACGGAAAUGAAGGUAGUAAAGGAAGCAGUAUUGAAGACAACAUAGAUGAAAUUGAAGCUGCACUUGCUCAGUUGAAAAGAGAGUUAGGGUUGUGAUUUUUUAUAUACAAAGUGAGAAUAUUCAGAUUAUUUAAUGUUGUAAGUUUAUUGAUAAUCAAUUAUUUAUCUGCAAAUGCAGAUUAAGUGUAAGAAUAUAGGAAGAAGGUAUUUUUCUAUA